GCUGUCAAAGUUAUAUCUUUUUUGAUAAUAAUGUAGAUAUAUUUUAAAUACAAGUACGGUUUUAAGAAAAAAUAGAAACAUGGAUAGGUUAUUUUGCUAUCACAUAGUGUUGAUGCUGGUCGCAACAAUAGCAUUUAUAUUGUUCUGGAUCGGAUUCGCAACCCCGGGCUGGCUUGUUGUAACUUUUCAGGAGAACGAGUUUGAGAGAGAAUAUACAGUGUCUUCUUUAAACAGAUCAUUAUUUUAUGACAUUCUAUGCCCGCAAGAGUUAUUCGACUGUAAAACAUGUCAGGCUGGUGAUUCUUCAAUGGAGUGCGUACGAGAUAUGGCGUUUGUUAAGUACACGUCACACUAUACUUGGAUUGAAUUAUUGACGUCAGACACGGAAGAGUGGGUAGCGUGGCGAGUGAUUAUGGUGCUCGUGAUGAUCACGUGUACUAUCGGGUUUAUACUGGUUCUCUGUCUCGUCUGUUGCAUAUUCAGGACGUUUGUUUACAGGGCAGUAGCAUUAACUGCCUUCUUUCUAUGGAUUAUUGCAGGAAUACUAACCUGGAUCCCGGUCGGCAUGGUUACUCAUAUGCAUUUGGAAAUACAUGAUUCGGUGAACGAUGACGUCAUCCACGACUCUACCUUGCACAUUCCGUACUCUGUGGUUCUUGUUGCACUUGCAGCCUUUCUCGCAAUCAUUACGGCCCUCAUGCUUCUUUGUCUAAUUGGUCGGUGGUGCGGCAAUAGAAGUGAUAAGUUGUCUGAAACAGACACGAGUGUAACUUCUAGACAAGUGACACCACGUGACAGGCGUUAUUACGGUCCGCACCCGUAUUAUCCCACUGAAAGACCCCUUUACUACUACAGAGAGCAGCCGAUCUAUGUCCCACGUAAAGUUGAAACUUUCGAUGACAUCCCUGUUGAUGAUUAUCAAUAUAAAGCAACACCGGUUUCAUGGGGUCCUAAUCCGUGGUAUGACAACCGAAUGACAUAGAGUCAAAUUCUCCUGUCCCCAAUUUAUGCUUGAUAUAUACUCACAAAAUCCAACAGAUCAAACCUUACAUUGGCUUUUUCGUGUUAUAUGCAAUUGCAAUACUAGACUAAUUUAAUAGACUAAUUUAAAGGAGAAACAUUUUAAGUACAUAUUUACAAGUUAUUUGGACUUUUAUCUAAUAUUGGGCUGAUAGUCGUGAAUACGCAUAAAACACCAAAUCUCCAAGUUUUUGCGAAUUUCAAAUAUCACCCUUUUUCCAGAACAUGCCCUUACUUCUUUCAGUAGUGAUAUUUCUGUGUAAAAUCAUUAAAUUAACAGAAACAAUCGACAAUCAAUUUUUUUUUUGGAAGUUCUUAUCAGUUUUUGCUUUAUGUAAAAUACAAAUUCAUGUUAACCGACUAAAUCUCGCGAGAAACUGAUCAUUUUAUGUAAAUAAACUGAACAAAAGUAAUAAACUUGACACAUAAGUACAAUGAUA